AUGUCAUCCGAGCCGUCGACAUCGACCGAAGCCAAAAGUCUUGAGGAAGAAAGGGCUGUCCUUCUACAGCAAGCACUAAGUCAGGCAGGCGUCAAUCGAGCGCAGAAAUUGAAAAACGGUGCGAAUCAGAAGCGAAAAGCGGAUGAGGCUCAUGUGGCUGCAAUCAAAGAGCAUCCUCUAUUACCCAUUGUUCAACUUCUCUUUUUGAAAUGCGAAAUGGCCGAGCAGACCUUCGACAAGAAAUAUUUCGAGAUGGACGAUGUUGUGAAGGUCCGUUUAUUAUUUGGUUCAGUAUUCUGGCAAGGUUUCAUUGAAGCGAAACAAUACGACUAUUUGAUUGAAAUUGGGCGGAGAGGGCAUAAGGGGGGAGGGCGGCAGUAA